UAUAAUCUUGACAGAUGAUUAAUAUAUCAAGCAAAGCUUAUUUAAAAAUUGGUCUACACACAUAUAAGUAUCCUUACGAGGCUGUAAAUGGAUUAUUAAUUAAAAAAAAUGACCCAUAUAAAGAUUCUUACGAUAUUAUAGAUGUCAUUCCACUAUUUCACCAAAAUUUAACUUUAACAGCCAUGCUAGAAAUUGCCCUAACUCAAAUUGAUGUCUAUUGUGAGCAAAAUGAUAUGGUUAUCUGUGGUUAUUAUCAAGCAAAUAGUAGUCUCAAUAAUAAUGAUCCAGAUUUGUUUGCACUUAAAAUUAUGGAUAAAAUAUUAGCCAAUUUUGAAAAUCCAUGCCUAAUUAUUGUCAACAAUACAAAUUUAUCAUUGAAAACAAGCAGCCCAUAUAUUGACAUAUACAGAUUUCAGGAUGGAAAAUUGAAAAACAUUAGCAAAGAAAAUCUUAAUAUGUUUGAUCAAAAUAGUAACACAUACCUGAUAAGACUCUUAGGCAUUAAUACUCAAAAUACUUUGAUUGAUUUUGAUAAUCAUCUAGAUAAUAUAAAUAAUGACUGGAAGAAUCAUGAUAUAAAUAAUAUUAUAUUGAAAAGUUUUUCCUGAUUAUUUUAUAAAUAUAUUUUUCUAAUAAUAAAUAUUUAUAUUUUCAUAUUACCGAAACAAAUAUAUAAACAAUUAUAUAAUUCGAAACAUAAUUUAUAAUGAUUAAGUAUCAUUUAAAUUUCCGCAUUUUUCUAUCCAGUUUUUUCUGCUUUUUUUCAUUUGCUUCAGAAUCAU